GCUGCCGACUCAUGAUUCUUGGGAACUACUUCCAAUGCACAAAACUUCCAUUGACAAAUAAAGUUUUAACUUCCAUUGACAAAUAAAGUUUUUAGCUUUACCAUCAUAAUCAUUGUCAUGGUAGCACAGAGUGUGAUAGUGAUCCAGGAUGCAUCAUCUAGAGAAGUCAAUACUAGAGUUUUUCAUUGGGCUCUGAGGGGCUUAUCACUCAAGUCAGGAGAUAAGGUGACCCUUGUUGCAGUUCUGCAUCAAGUUAUCAGUCCUUUGGGAUACAAAGUUAGUGUGGAUAGCAGGUUAACAUUUGGAGCAAACCAGAAGAUUAUUAAGGCAGAAGCUGCAAGGAAGAAACAAGACUAUCAGAAAAAUGAGGAGCUUGCUCAGAUUCAUAAACUAUAUCGAUCAAUGAAGGUUAAUUUUGUUAUAGAAUUAGCUAUGGGAUCUUCACCUAAGUCGGUUGCAAUUAAAUCGGCCACAAAUCUAAAAGCCACUUGGAUGAUACUAGACAGGAAAAUGAAGAAUGAUGAGGAGUAUUUCCUUAAGAAGCUUUCAUGUGGCCUAUCAAGAAUAAAGAGUUCCAAUACAAUUGUACAUUUAAGAGAACCACUAGAUCUCCCACAACAAACAAGAACAGACAGCAGCUCCCAAAUAUAUGCUGACAGUAUACCACUACCAGACUUUUCAAGUGAACUGGAUCAUUGCAGCAUUGACACUUUCUUCAACAGUCAAGUAAAAAGUUAUCGGAUGAACCAAGAACAAGGACAGAGACUGAAGAGCCCCCAUGAUGAAGCAGGGUAUUUAGCCCUUGGCAGUAAUCAAACAGGAGACAUGAAUCCUGAUAAAUUGAACAUGGAUAAGCUCAAGCGAGAAAGCUCUAGCACUGAGGUGUAUCAGAAAACUGAAAGAUACUUGCAUUCUGGUGGAGCUAGGAACUUCUAUCUUGGAGGGGCUGAAGAAUAUACAGCAUGUCAACAACUUUUUGAUUUGAGUACUUUUCAUAAAAGAAAGGCUUACCCCUGUAAUUGUAAAGGGAAUCAAAUCCAGGGCCUAGAAAAUUUUUGCAUCAAAUUGGGUCCCUAGAAAAAAAUUUUUAAUUCAAUUAAGGCCAAAGUGUGCCAGCUCUCAAUUUUA